ACUGAGCCUGCUGUGCCUCGUGUGUUCGCCGCUUCGCGCUGUGAAAGACGACGUUUUCUUGCCGAUAUCGUGGCGUGUACAUGGUUUUCCGCAAGGACUCACUACUGUCCCCAGUGACUCGUCGGGGAUGAGACGCAGCGCGACUGCCAUCCUCUUGUUCGCAGCCCUGGCCGUCGAGGCAGCAAGGGGCGAUUUUCCCCCAACGAUUCUCGACGAUGCCGGUCGACACAAGUCUCCGUUCUACAUGUUCUCGAAGCCCGAAGAAAGCAGGCCCUCCUGUGUCUUCGGCUCGAAUCACUCCAUAUCCCCGUUGAGAGUGAAUACAACCGGUCGACUGGCACAACUUCGUCAUCUUAUGAGCAAAGAGAACUUUCAAGGAUACAUCGUGCCUUCCGAGGAUGCCCACAAGAGUGAAUUCGUGCCGCCGCAUUACAAGAGGAGACAGUACCUCACCGGCUUUUCGGGAGACACGGGCACCGCGGUCGUGCUGCUGGACUUCGCCGCCGUGUGGGUGGAGAGCCGGUUCAUGCUGCAGGCCGAGGAGGAGCUCGACUGCAACUGGGUGCUCAUGAACGGCGGCCAGCCGGACGUGCCGGUCAUCGAGGAGUGGCUCAAGAGCAACCUGCGCGGGAGCUCGCGCGUCGGCGUCGACGCGCGCAUCGUGCCUUUCCAGGAGUACCGCAAGAUGGAAGAGAACCUCCAUCCGUUUGGCAUUGAGCUCGUUGGCGAACCGCGCCAUCUGGUGGACGAGAUAUGGACGCCCAUGGAAGGCAGGCCGUACGAGUCCAACAGCAGCAUCGUUGUUCACAGUGUGGAGUUUGCCGGUGAGAGCUGGCAGGACAAGGUUCGCAAAGUGCGCGAAUUUCUGAAGAAGUCCGGCAUUGACGCCAUUUUGAUAACGGACCUGGGAGAAAUCGCAUGGCUGUACAACAUGCGUGGCAAUGACGUGCCGUACACGCCUGUGUUUGAGGCCUUCGUUUUCCUGUCACAAGACGAACAAAGACUGUACGUGAGCGCACGAAAAUUGACGUCCGAGGUCCGAAAUUACCUUAUCAUGGAAGACUGCAACAACUGGGCUUGUGUCCAGUGGAGAGACUACAAGCUUGUUUACAACGAGAUGAACAUCAACGGAAACGCAGUGAACAGGCUGCUCGUAUCACCAUUCUGCAGUUAUGCAAUCUGCGGCCACAUUGACAUAGACAAGCUGGUUGUCAGUGAGGCCCCAAUAAAAAUGAUGAUGACUGUGAAGAACAACAUCGAACUGCGAGGACUACGAAAUGCUCACUUGAAAGACUCGAUCGUGUUUGUGACCAUGCUCGCGCACAUGGAGAGGGACUACUUGUCUAAAAAGCCGUGGACGGAAGCACGCGUCAUCUAUGAGCUGGAACGGCUGAGGAGCCACCAGCAGCAUUACCGGGGCGAGAGUUUCAGCAGCGUGGCGGCCGUGGGUCCCAACGCCGCGGUUCCCAGCCAUCACGCCCACAACGGGUCCGGAGGUUACAUCAGCAACGCCAGCCUGGUGCUCAUUGACUCCGGGGCGCAGUACCUUGACGGCACUACUGAUAUUGCGAGGACGAUUCAUUUCGGAGUACCGUCGGACUUCGAAAAAGAGGUCUACACGAGGGUACUCAUCGGCAUGAUCGACUUGUUCCUGACAAUUUUUCCUGAAGGAACCAAAGACGGAGCCCUGGACGUGGUGGCAAGGCGGUCCCUGUGGAGUGUCGGCCUCGACUUUCUGCAUGGUGUCAGCCACGGACUAGGCUCCUACAUGCUGGCUCACGAACAUCCUCCACUGAUUUCUCCGUUCAGUAAAGGAUAUCCGCUUUUAGCUGGAAUGAUCCUGUCGAACGAGCCGGGUUACUAUGAAGAAGAACGACUGGGAGUGCGUCUUGAAACGACGAUGCAGAUCACUCCGUUCAACACUACUUACAGGUUCAUGUCCCACAAGUUUUGCAAGUUUGAACCCAUCACGUUCGUGCCUUUCCAAGCGAGCCUGAUCAAGUGGGAGCUGCUGAACAAGGCGCAGCUGGACUGGCUGAACGACUACAACGCCCGCACCUUGGACGUCGUGGGCAGCGAGCUCAAGCGCAUGAAGAAGCACGACGCACUGUCCUGGCUGCAGGCGCGGACCUUCCGCGUCGAGAUGAAGAACGGCUCGAUGCCCGUGCUGCGCGCGGCCGGACACCACGGCCUGCUGGUGCACGACGGCCACGGCGGACACCACCACGCCGGACACACCGGCGGCCAAAGGUCUCCAGCAUCGCGGUCGAAGGGCUGGACGUCGGCGUCCGGCUCAUCCCAGCCGGGACGAGUGCUUCUCGCGCUGGCAUCGACGCUGCCCAGCCUCGCAAUGUUGCUGAGGCUGCCAGCGUGAGUUGGCAGCCGAUCAGCAAGUAUUGUGUGAGCGCUGGUGGUUCGGACGAGACACUGUACACGCCGGUGUUGUGAGAACGUGGAAAUCGGUGACAAACGAAGGAUGUUUGUGCAUGAAAAACCAAAAGAAAACUAGAAAGGACAUUUGUGCACAUUGCUGGAAAAGCGGACAGGCCGUUACUUCGCAUUCCCCACUGUUUGUCGCCGCUUGGUGCCCCCUUUUUUUUUUUUUUUCGUGAAAGUGGUCGGUCAUUGAACUGUUGUUUCCUUUACCGCUGUGUUUGGUAGAGUAAAGUUGUUGGAGAUGGA